CAGAGGGGUUCAAGCCGAUCCAGAAACCUCCAGCUCCACGCCGAAGCACACACCGGCACCCUCCGGCAUGAAGGUCUCCGCAGCCCUGCUGUGCCUGCUGCUCACAGCAGCCACCCUCAGCAUCCUGGUGCUCGCUCAGCCAGAUUCCGUUUCCAGCCCAGUCACUUGCUGCUUUAAUAUGUACAGUAAGAAGAUCCGCAUCCAGAAUCUGAAGAAUUACACCAGGGUCACCAACAGCCAGUGUCCCCAGGAAGCUGUGAUCUUCCUGAGCAAGAAGGACAAGGAAAUCUGUGCUGACCCCAAGGACAAGUGGGUCCAGGAUUCCGUCAAGUACCUGGACAGGAAGGCCCAAGCUCCGAAGCCGUGAACCCUCGCACCUGGGUGGAGAGACCGUCGGCCCCUGAGGACAAUCUUAUUUAUUUUCCCUCAGCCUCCCCCGAUGCAGAGUGCUAUGAUUCUGUUAGAAUGUACAAAAGUAUUACUUUGGUUAAUAAUUUAAAACACAACCUCUCUUAAAUAAUAUUUAAUUAUAUUUAAGUUAUUGACGUCUUAACUUUAUCAGCCAUAAAGCCUGACACACGCACGGUCUGUGUUUUCUGUCCUGCGAGCCCCGCUGGGUUCACGACGACACACCUGUCUGCCCUCUUCCCUGCCUUUAGGACUGUGGAGUCCUCCACGGACCGUCAGAGAGAAACUCUUUGUAUUUUUUUUAAAAAAACAGGGCUUUUGUAAAUGGAUGCCAUACAAUGUUGUCAAUGAAAUUAAUGUUAUUAGAAAACUUUGGGAUUUUCUAAUAAAAGUA